AUGUCAAUCACUCUGCUAUUCCCAAAAGAAAGUUACGGUUGCGCCCCUACGGUAGACCCACUGAGAGAUGAUCCUCUGUCGGUCACUUCGUCUUACGAUCGAACAACCCCCGUGUAUCCGCCACGUGGGUUCUUGAAGGCUCUUUUCUUGCUCGGUCUGAGAGUCAAGAAAACGAUCAGACGUUUCAGAAUGUCUCGUGUGUAAGGCUCUUUACAAGCCAAACUGCAACGGUCGGUUGGCUGCGUGCAGCUGUACUUGUCCCACGGCCGCUCACGCUUUUUUCUCCGUUGUCGCCAGUGAUCAAGUCUGUAGGUAUGCAUUGAAAAAAGAAUGCAAAAAAAGGUUUGCACUCGAAAGGAUCGAACCUCCUCAAAAAAAAAAUCAUAUAUUUAGUCCUCAAACCACUGUGCCAUGCAACCUGUAGAGUGAGAAUGGUCUAAGCGCGUAUAGCCGAUGUGAAUCUGGCUUGAGCCACCGAAAAAAAUGGUCUUGACACGAUAAUGCACGAGAAAUUACCUGACUCGUGGAGAGCGCAGACAGGCCACGCCCCCAAAGUUUUAACUCUAUCCGCGUAUAGGAAAAGCGUAUAGUCCGUUCAGAUUUUGAAUGUCAAGCAGAAUGACGUCAUCCGAAAACGUUCUGUGGGUGGCUCGUUCUCUGAUUGCUUUAUCACGCCAUUAGGAGGCGGAGCUUGAGCGAGAACUUGACAUUUAAAAUCUGAACAGACUACAGUUCCAUCAAAAUCUCCCUUUGUAAAAUUGGGAUUGAUAUAAAUGAAUUACAGUGCAACGUAUAAGUGUCCGUCUAAAACACGAGCCAUUCUCUACAGCUCCGGAACAAGUUCGAGCCACUUUUUUCCGGCAAAUCGUUGUUCUCAGGUUCGAUGCAGCCUGAAGGAGUGCAUCCAGUUUUAAAAUGUUCGGAAUCGGAAGGCGUGUGGAUGGACUCUGCCGGCAUGACUUACGACGGCCUCACAUGUGCCGACCAGUGCGUCUUUUGUCCAAGCGCCAGUUUAUACAAGUGAGGAUUGAAAUUUCCAAUUUUCUGGUCAAUCUUUCCGGACUUGAAAGACGAGAUGGGUAGGUUGGCAAGAGUGAAGCGUUGCGUACGCGACGCGACUUUUUGGCGGGAAACUCGAGCUCAAACGCGAGGCACAUUUUAUUAAAACAAUUCUCUUCAUUUUUUUCUUCAUUUUUUUUAAAUUAUUCAUUGAUUUUUUCGUUUUUUCAUUUUUGCAUUGAAAAAUAGUAAAAUAGGUCCAAAAAGAGCAGGCUUUUUUAUUAGUCGGAGAACCGCGUACGCGCACGCUACGCGUCCCGCCUCAUUCGCCGUUGAAGUGGAUAAAAAUUGACAAUUGAAUAUUACCUUUUAAAGUCAGGGAAUUAGAACUGGUUACGCCAAAAAUUAAGAUUUAACCAUUUUUUCUCAACAUUUGGUAUUUCAGGGAAAACUGUAAUGGAUUGGCUGUUUCUGUGUGCAAUUCACGGGCAAUGGUCACUAUUGUGCACAAUCGAGACGACGUGGCUGGUGGCUGCUCGUAAUAAAAGCAGCUCUCGCUUGUUUGAGAUAUUUUCUGUAGAUUGGAACUUACUUGCCCCGCGGGGUCCAGCGCUUACUAUUUUGCACAAGGAGAUAGCGCCAAAGCGGUAGUCUACAUGAGCCCGAUGUUUACCUGCAAGGACAGCGUCGGUCUUUAUGCCACCGACACGAACGUAAUCGUCGAAGGCAUGACAUGUGGCGGUAAGUCGAUCAAGUUUUUUUUGUCACGAAAUAUAGUCUGUGUGCCACGACUUGAAAUUUCACGGAACGACAUUCCGCAGUGCCGCUGCGAGCCUUUGCGAACCUUGGUCGCGCUUUAAAUUUUUUUUUUCUUUUUUCAAGGUACUUUACUUUCCUGUGCUCCCAUAGCAAUAACAAUCCAUUGAAAGCGUGACUUAGAUUCGGAAGACGCUUCGCAAACACAUGCAGCGGAACAGCGGAAUGUCGUUCGGUAAAAUUUCAAGUCGUGGCACACAGACUAUAGCAGUUAGAAUCUGAAAAAGAUAAUUAAUUUUUGGAGAGUCAGAGAUAAUCUUCAACUUUGUGGAAAUCACUUUGAACACGGCAUAAAAUUUCACGACUCUGUGGUUGUUUUUCAGUGUGUGUCUCUUGUCCUUCGCCCUACGUCGGCAACUGCAACGGCGAAGCCAGAUCAGUCUGCGCCACAAGCUCCGAGUCUGACGUCGCCAUAACCCGCGACGAUUCUAAUAGCCAAUGCGUGUAAGAGCUUCCAUUUCCAACCAGACGAUUCCACACUCAAUAUCUCCUCUUUUGAGGCUCACCUUCACCUGCUCGGGAGGAACACAAGCUUACUACUACACACCUGGUGACUCGACGCCCAUGGCAUACACAGGAACGCAGUUCAUCUGCCGCGAUCCGCCUUAUGGAGAAUGGAUGACCGACGAGCUGCCGCCUGUCAACAUCGAAGCUUUCACGUGCAUGUCUGACUACUAG